AUCCUUAUUUCAUCUGAGCAUAAUUUGCGAGAUCCCAUCCGAGAUGGCUGAAAAAUCGGAAACUCUGGUCACCAAGGACGAAAAGGUGGCCGAAGCAAAGGAACUGUUUGGACGCGGCAGUCGAAAUUACUUCAUGAAAGAUUACACUAAUGCCGCGGAUGAUUUGAGUGCCUGUUGUGCCAUCUAUUCGGAACUUUACGGCCCGACAGCCGAAGAAUGCGGCAUGCCGUACAUGCUCUACGCCAAAUCGCUCAUCGCUUUGGGUAAGGAUGAGAACGCUUUGAUUGUGCCCGGCGAAGAAGAGGAAGGUGAAGGUGAAGAUGGCGAAGUUGAGAGCGCAGAACAAGAUAACCAACCGGAAGACGGUGAGGCUGGAAGUGCCGAUCAAUCUGAAGAAAAAUCUGAUGAGAAGCCUGCGGAUAAACCCGCCGAAAAUGACACUGAAAAAGCAGAAGCAGAUGCCGGAUCAUCAAAAGAAGAGGCAGAACCACAACCAGGUCCGUCGACAUCGAAUGGGGCAGAAGCUACUGAAACGACGGAAGAAUCCGAAGAGGGUGAAGGAGAUAAAACCAACUUGAAAGUUGCUUGGGAAAUCCUCGAGCUCGCCGUCAAGAUUUUCAGAGACCAAGGUGAAAAAUCUUACGAAAAUAUGUCUGAUUGUUACUCAGAGCUGGCUGGUAUUUCAUUUGAGAACAGUCAUUUCCCGGAAGCCAUCACUGACUACAAAAAAUCGUUGGCUGUAUACGAUAAAUGUGGAAAGAAUGAUAAUCGUUUAAAGGCUGAAGUUUACUACAAAAUCGGCCUGUGUCAUUUAAUGAUAAACGAAUUCAAGGAUUCGAUAGAGGCCUUCCGAGAUGCCUGCUCUCAAUUGGAUAAGGUGAUCGAGCAGGAAAAGGCCAAGGAACAGAAUGACGAAACUAAGGCUGCUAUCAAGGAUCUCGAAGAAACUAAACAAGAAAUUAUGGAUAAAAUCAGCGAAGUGGAGGAUACACAGAAAACGUCCAUCGAAGAAGUCAAACGUGAGCUCGCCAAAAUUAUCGUCAACGGUGAAACGUCCAACGGCUUCGGUGCUGCCGGAUCUUCGUCUUCGGCUGCUACGAAUGGUGCGUCCUCUUCGUCAGCGUCAGCCAGUGCAACCAAGAAUGGAACCGAUAAACCAACUGACAUCUCCCACCUGAUAAAGCGAAAGAAGCCCGAUUCUGCCGCCGCCGAUGUCGAGGGUUCUCCCGCUAAGAAAACUGCCGUUGAAUCAGAAAAACCCAGUGAAUAAGUAUCUCUAUGUUGCUUCUUUCUUUCCUUUAAUGAAACGUAAGAUCUAGUUACGUUUUGUUAACCUUAAUGCACUUUUACUUUUCUUUUUAUGUUCAAAGUACGUUGAAUUUUAAAUUUUUUCCGUCUUGUUUAAGAAAUACUUUUAAGAUUAAAUUAGAAGGUGGAAUGCGAAAAUUCACAACAAACAAUCAGACUAAA